GGGCUACAUAGAGAUUUUUGUUAUUAUUAUUUAACACAAACUGUGUAUGGUGUGUGUGUGUGUGUCUGAUUGUGAGUGCAAUGUCAGUGGAGGUCAGACAGAAGGUGUCAGAUCCACUGAAGCUGGAGUUACGCUGGUUGUGAGACACCUGACAUGAGUGCCGGGAACCAAACUCAGGUCCUCUGGGGGAGCUCUAUGUGCUCCCAAUUCCAUUUUGAACAUAAAGCCAUGUAGAUUUGCUAUUGAGUGGAAACAGCAUCAGGAAGCAAGCAAAACACCGAAAAUCACUGAAAAAAAAAUGCAGAUUCCAGUCACAGCAGAUGGGGAACCUGGGGAAAGGGCAGGCCUGUCCUCCCUGUGUGACUGUGAGGGGGGCAUUCUGAUCCUCCACCCCAGGACGCUCACUUUUGAAAUAGCUGUAGCUGUUGCUUCCCUGCAGUCGGAGGUGAGAAACUGAACAGGGUCACGGACUCAAGACUCACCUGCUUUUGCCAGCUGACCUGCCACCCAGCUGUACGGAACUGUUUUCAGCUAUGACAGAAGCUGUGCCCCUGAAGAUGGCCUACCAGAGACCCUGCUGGACCUCGAUGGCUUAGCCACCAGAGUAGCAUGGCCGGGGGUUAGGGAGUGUGUCUGCACAGAGCUUUACUACAUCCGAGGUAUCAGCGAGGAGCCAUCCUCUUCUGUGGAGCCCACAAGAGCCCACCUGCUGAGGCGUGUCCUCCCAAGGGGCAUUUCUGCAUGUGUUCCCUUCUUUCUUCUCCUCAGACUGGGAGAGGGAGCAGCUGGACUCAAAAUGCCAGGUGCUGGAACCCAGCUGUUCCCUCUUUGUACCCCUCCACACCCAAAUGAACUGAGCCGGGUGGAGGCUGAGGGGGUGGGGCUACCUUAUGCUGUCCGGCGAUGCUGUACCCAACGCAGGCAAAUGCAUCCUGAAAUUGAUUCCGAGCAGCAGUUCUGACCGGUCCAGGCUCUGCCAUGCCCGCUCCGCUUCUCCCGUUGCUGCUUCGGUCGCUGCUAUCCCGCCUGCUACUGCCAGUUGCCCGCCUGGCCCGCCAGCACCUCCUGCCCCUGCUGCGUCGACUGGCCCGCCGACUGAGCUCCCAGGACAUGAGAGAGGCUUUGCUGGGCUGUCUGCUGUUUGUCCUCAGCCAGCAACAGCCACCGGAUGCUGGAGAGGCCUCCAGAGUGGACCACUCCCAGAGGAAGGAGAGACUGGGCCCCCAGAAGUGAGGCCACGUGUCAUGCGAGCAGCAAUGUCCAUCGAAGUACUUACUUUUGGAGUGGGUUAGUUCUGGCAUUUGCGCUGACUGAGGAAUGCCCAUGGGAGAAGACAGUGGGGGCUGAAUGCAAGAGGAUUCUGGCCUGAGCACCACCACCCCCAUCUUGCAGACCACAGCUCUUCCCUCCUGCCUCCCUGCAGCUCCCUCUGCCAGUCACCUCUGGCCUCCAGGGCAGACUUACAAAUGAGGGCAUCAAGGUCAGUUAAGAGACAAAGUGUUACUUAGACUCGAGGUAAUUUAGAAAAGAGCUGGUAUUUAAAUCCCAAAUGUCCAGUCUUUCAGAUGUCUUCCAGAUGUAAAAUCUACCUUAAAAUACUAGGACCUUGGUUCCCUUUUGAGACAGAUGUAUUCCCAAAGCUCAGCAUGCAGCCAGUAGUCAAUAAACAGCAGUGACUACGUU